AUGGUUCAUCAAGAUAUGGAACCACUUGAUGGUACCGUAAGCAAACAUGCCUAUGGUUGGAACGAGAAAAACACUCGUACAGAAGGAUCUUUAGCGUAUUACCCGAGGCCGAAUAUAGUCAAUGAAAGUGAUAUGUAUGCCUUGGGCCCCGUUGUGCUUUAUUAA